AUGCCCUUUGAGAAUGCGCCAGCCAAUAUCCGUGCAGUCGUGACCUCAGAGAUCGACACAAUCCCUCCUUUAUCCAAAUGUACGAGGGAGCAUGCAGAUAUAUUUGCCGGUGAGGGCACUGAAACAGCUGCCCCAGAUGUGACAUGUCCUCUGGGCUGGCUUGAUCUUGACAUCUCAAGGUUUGACUCUGUUAGCUGCAUCCUACCCCGUUUGAGCAAUCAGGCGCACUUUCUUCUCCUGGCCUUGACUAAGAUCCGCCAGAAUGUUGGUCUCCCGAAGCCUGCCCUCCCCAGAGUCCGCAACACGGUUAUUGAAUGGUUCGGUGGUUUCGGCCGUUCGGCGUCUUACGAAAUCGAAAUCACUGACUAG